CGAGCAAUUGCGACGUUCCCAGACGUUUUCGGAAACCAUCCCGCUUUUUUUUUACUUCUAUUUGUCUUGGAUUUCGUCUCCAAGGUCUCGGACGGACCCGGCCUCGUCAUCUAACAACCAACAUCUCACCUGCUUGGUUUCGUUCGAUAAGCAAUGAGUAAACGGAUUCCUUGACGACAUUACGUUUCUCCUGCUAUCUUCCCUCGUCGCUCGUUAUCGAAUCACGCUCUCGCCCGUCGGCUGUGUGGCCUCUCUGGUUCACAGCUCCAACCUCCAACUCCUCGACCAUCUCUCUCGUUGCGCCUCGUUAGACGUCUCCUGGUGGUCAUCACGCGAACCGUCCAAUCUCGUCCCUCUCCUCGAGACCCCCCGCGGUCCAUACUGUGAUGGAAAGGUUCCCCGACUUCAUCGACACGCCUGUGGGCAACUCGCGAUCGCCCAGUCCUCGAAACCCUCCUGGCUGGUCCAACGGCGCGCCGCCUCGCCCCUCGGAUCGAUGGCUCCCCGUCUCGACGGGCUCCCACAGGCAUAACCGCCAGAAGAGCCUCACUGAUGCCAUCCGCACAAUACGCGCCCGCAAUGGCAGCGUAAGCCAGAACGCCCAGGAGAUCGCCGAUGCCCUGCGCGCCCCCGUCUCCCCAAAGCUCGUCGUCCUGUGCCUGCUGUGGUACACCUCGUCUGCCCUCACAAACACCUCGUCAAAGUCGAUCCUCAUCGCCUUUAACAAGCCUGCGACGCUGACCCUCGUCCAAUUCGCCUUUGUCUCGUCGCUAUGUGUCUUCAUGGCAUGGCUUGCCAUCCUCUUCCCCGUCUUGCGAACCAAGAUCACGGCUCUCAAACACCCGAUUCGAAAACCCUCGCGUGAGGUCAUUACGACUACUCUCCCCCUGUCCGCCUUCAUGAUCGGCGGUCACCUUCUCAGUUCCACGGCCACCUCCAAGAUCCCCGUAUCGCUCGUCCACACCAUCAAGGGUCUCUCGCCCCUCUUUACCGUUCUCGCUUAUAGAAUCGUGUACGACAUCCGCUACCCCAAGGCGACAUAUCUGUCUCUCAUCCCUCUGACGGUUGGUGUAAUGUUGGCAUGCUCUGGCAAGGCGAAGUAUGGCGGAGAGCUCAGCGGUGUCAUUCACGCUCUCCUGGCGACAAUGAUCUUCGUCACUCAAAAUAUCUUCUCCAAGUAUCUUUUCAACGAGGCUGCCAAGGCCGAGGCUGAGGCUCCAAACAGUCGAUCAAAGAAGCUGGACAAACUCAACCUGCUCUGCUAUUCUUCUGGUCUGGCUUUCAUCAUUACCUUGCCCAUUUGGUUUUGGUCCGAGGGAUUCGCUCUGCUCAAGAACUUUUACAACCAAGGCUCGAUCGACUUGUCUGAGAAACCCAAUUCCAUGGACCACGGACGACUGACGCUCGAGUUUAUCUUCAACGGCGUAUUUCACUUUGGCCAGAACAUCCUCGCCUUCAUCCUUCUGUCGAUAGUCUCUCCCGUUACGUAUUCGGUCGCCAGUCUGAUCAAGCGUGUCUUUGUCAUCGUCAUGGCUAUCCUCUGGUUCCGAAGCCCCACGACGCCCAUCCAAGCUGUUGGAAUCGCCCUCACCUUCCUUGGACUAUAUCUGUACGACCGAACGAAGGGGGGCAACAAGGCGGACCACAAGGCCCAAAAUAUGACAGAUUCCAACAAGACUUCAAUAUUGCCCAUCUCUAACAAGGGGAUACGCCCGAUUGUGGCCUCCCCUCUGAGCACUGAGAUCAACCCCCACCCUUAUCACGAGGGUUACUAUGGCCGCGAUGCCUCCUCAGACGACUCCAAGAAGACGGACGACAGCGGCAGCCGUAACCGCGGUCGUGUCAACAGCAACGGAGGCUGGCUUCCUCCAGGCACCAAGCAGGAAGAUACAUGGCGGACUGGGGACAAGAUCGCCGGUGUCUCAUGAUGGAGACAGUAGAAACCUCCCCCUGGGUUUUGAAGUUUUGGGUUCCUCUUCUCCGCCAGUUCUCUCGGCGCUUCUAAUUGUUUAAACCUCUUUUUAUUUUUCAACAACAAAAAGAAUGGAGCUGGGAUCUUUGUUUGAAAGAAAGGAAUGUUUUUUUUUCUCGUCCGGAUAUCUAGACUACCUAUGGACGUGGACAAGUUUUUGUAUGACAUAUCAUGGAUUGGCGUUUUUCUUGAGACGCAGGAAUGGACGGAUGGAUGGAUGGGAUAUGCUCUUUCAGCUCCUCUCAGGAGGCGCUUGAUGAUGCGCUGUAUCAUUACGUGGAUAUGGAAUGGAAUGUGGACGUUUUUUGAUAGACGGGAUACGGUUCGCAGCUCAUGCAAUACAUGAAUGAUAUGG